AUGGUUCGCAGUCCCAUCAAAAUCAAUCUCCCAUUCCGAAUCAAUCCCUCACUCAGCGUCUGGACUGAACUGAAGGUCCCCAAGGAUGCCGAGCAUGAUGAAAAGCAAUGGAAAGGAAACUUCAUGCCCCUCCUCAAAGCACCAGGCCAUGUAACCUCCAUGUGGGCCCGAGUCAUUGAACGCCCCGACAAGAUGAUCCUAGCAACCCUGUGGAAGAACGCCUCAGCCUAUCGUGACUUCCUGGCAUCCCCCUCUGCCCAGCUCUUCACUGAGGGUCUCACAGCCCACGGCAUCACCAUGGGAGCCACUCAUAAAUCAAUUGAUGGCCCCUCGAACAUGUUCUCACAGCUGAAAGAAUCAAAGGUUCAGCUUUUCUGGUUCCGCUUCCCCCCCAACCUUCACCCCAGAGCAACGCAAGCUCGUUCCCGCUUUGCGAUCAAGCUGUGGCCCCGCCCAGCUGCAGUGCCCCGCGUGGGCGAAGGAGUGACGAUGAUCUGGGUCCACUUCUGGCAGCAGUGGACGGAGAUCGAUAAGGAAAAGGCGCUUGUCUCCUUCCUUGAAGGAGACAAGAUGAUUGAAAGCAAGCACUGGUGGGAGGUGCCCGAGAUGGGCGGGGUGGUGGAGGCAAAUGCAUGGGAGGUGAGCUGCUGCUCCUUCAAGGAGCUGUAG